AUGUCGCUUCCCGGUCUAGAGCUGACCCAGCCAUCGGAGGAUAGGCCACAGGCCGCCGCACCCCCAUCGCAAAUCAACCUGACCCCAGGCUCCGAAUGGCGCUUUGAGGUCGCCUUUGGACAUAUUAUCAAGGUUAAACUUCUCAAUGGAACCGCAGAGCUUUUCGGUACAGAGCUCGCCGAGUCGCAGACCUACUCCUUCACCGGCACAAAAGCCGCAAUUUACACUUGGCACGGCUGCGCGCUGGAGGUCAGCGCGUCCGAAGCGGUACAGACUACAUCCGACGGAGUGACACCGACAGUGGGCCAUGGCGCAGGCGGUUGCCAGAGUGAAUACACGGCCGAGGAAACACCCAUGGUCGAAUACGCCAAUGUGCACUUUGCGCUGGAGACGAUGCGCGAAGAGGCGCAGGCUGUAAGCAAGGACGGUCCGCGCGUGCUUCUUCUCGGUUCGGAAAACUCGGGAAAAACCACCCUCGCGAAGAUUCUGACUGCCUAUGCGACGAAGAUCGGCCGCCAGCCGCUCGUCGUCAACCUUGACCCGACGGAAGGCAUGCUCGGCGUGCCGGGCACACUGACUGCGACUGCAUUCCGGACUAUCUUGGAUGUCGAGGACGGCUGGGGAAGUAGCCCCAUGUCCGGGCCCAGCCCGGUGCCUGUCAAGCUGCCUCUUGUAUACAGCUACCCGAUGCAAAGCCCGCUCGACAGCGAAGGCGCCGUCUAUAAACCAAUUGUGUCGCGGCUCGCGCUGUCAGUGACUGGCCGCAUGGCCGAAGACGAGGACGCCCGCGAAACUGGAAUCAUCGUCGACACGCCCGGAGUUUUAGGAUCCGACAAGCCCGGCAGCAUGGACCUGAUCAACCACAUCGUGACGGAGUUCUCGAUAACAACGAUCCUAGUCCUAGGCUCGGAGCGCCUUUACAGCGCCGUCGCCAAGCAAUACGACAACAAGCCCAGUUCCAGCGCAACGGCUGCCAUCUUUGACGAGCACAUCUCUGUCAUCAAACUAUCGAAGUCAGGCGGCUGCGCAGACCGCGACGAAGCCUUCCGCAAAGCAACCCGCGAAUCUCAAAUCCGCACCUACUUCUUCGGCAACCCCAAUCCAUCCUCCUCCCCCUCCUCAGCAAUAACCCUCUCUCCGCACGCCCAGCAACUCGACUUUGCCGCCCUCCCCAUCUACAACUACACCACGACCUCCGCCGACGAAGACGAAGACGACUACGACCCCUCCCAGCUGGGAACCGACUUCCUCCCCGGCGGCGAGUACGAACAGAAACAAGACCCAGACCGCGCCGUGCCCCUCCCCGGCGUCGUGGGCUCGUUUGCCGAACCUGCCUCACCAGACGCGAAGGAUAGCUCCGUCCCGCUGAAAAAGCUACAAGCGCCGGCGCCCUCUGCUCUGGCGAAUACCCUGUUGGCUAUUACCCACGCGCCAGCUAAUGCGUCGCCGGCGGAAGUGCGCGACGCGAGUAUUAUGGGUUUCUUGUAUGUUGCCGAUGUGGACGUGGAGAAGGGCAAGAUCCGUGUGCUUGCGCCGGUUGGUGGGCGCAUGCCGCCGCGUGCGAUUGUUUGGGCUAAGAGGUGGCCCGGGGAGCUCGUUGGGCUUGUGGGAUAG